CGCAGCUCCCCGCGCUUCUCCCUCCCGCUGCUCCUCUCAACCUCCAAGCUAUUCCCCCUGUCACGUACUAAAUGCCUCCUUUCUUCUCCUACACCACCCUCCCCUACCACUCACGGAGGGCCCUUACCCCAUGCGCGAGUUCUCGGAGUAUUUGGUGGAGCUAACUCACGUGGAGCCGCUGCCCUUCGCCGACGAAGACGCGUGGGAGUUGCACCGUGCGCUGUACAAGUUGGUGGCGCUGGGGAUGUUCCGGUUCUUCGUGGAUCACGAAGACCACGCUAUCAGGGAGCACUUCAUCGUUUACUACGUCAUCGCGCGGCCCAAGCCAGCGGAGAAGGAAGGGACGGUGGCGCUGUACCCCUUCGCCCCGCUCCAGACAAUCGAUUCGGGAUUGUUGGAGCUCAUACAUCUUGAGCUCCUCUCCAUUGCGCAAGUGAUCGCGAGCGAGGAGGAGGAGAUCCAACCACGAUUGCGGAAGGCGACGGCCCCGCGGAGAACGUACAACAAGGUCGUCCUCCCGGAUUACAUUGCGCAGCGCGCGGAGAGAUUGGAGGACUUCCUGGAGGAAAGGCCGUUGCGUCCUCCCUCGUCGUAUCCUCGACCAGCGCCACCGAAGGCCCCCAAGAAGACGCCGAAGAGGAAGAGACGCCACCCGUCGCCAGGGGCGCAAGGCAGCAGGAUCGGCGGCGGCGAGGAGGUGAUUCAGCCCGCGCGUACGCGGAUUCCUAACCCUGUGCCUGGGAGUGCGGCGACGCUCGUUAAGGAGACUAUCGUGCCAUCGCCGCCCACUCCGCGUGUGCCCGAUCUCAAUCUUGAUGGAGCCGGGCCAUCAUCAUCAGCAGCAGCCGGAGGAGGAAGCCGAAUGGGAUUUCCGGAUUCCAUAUCCAGAUCCCCCUCAGGUCUGGCAAUAGAUUGUGACGACGAAAUCAACGGCCGGGGGGGAGCAAUGCAAGCUCUAUCCACGUCGACGAUGGUGGCUGCGACGGCGAUGGCUAUGGCGAAAGGCCUGACAAGUUCUAUCCCUCAAGCGCUCUCCACGCAGUCAUCGGCAUCGUCAUCGUCAUUCACCCACCCCAUCCAUGUCUGGCUAUGGCGGUCGUCUUCUUCUCCGUCUUCGUCUUCGUCCUCCACGUGUCACUCCUCGGCCAUGGCUUCUCCUUGCCAUGGCGAAGCUUGGCAGCCGUUCGUUGCUCGAGAUGCCGAUCGCGCUUGUGGCGAUGGCUGCGCGGGAAACUCGCGCAGCAGCUCGGAGGGGCGGGUUCCUCUUGCGCGGGAGAGCGAGGGAAAGCGCGGGAGGAGGGCGCAAUUCGUCGGACACUCGUUGCACCACGGCACGGCCGUUGUCGGUCGUUUCUUGCCUAACGUAAUCGCCGGCGACCGUAACGGAAUCGGUGACGGAAAAGGAAUUCGUAGCGGAAACGGAAACGGAAUCGGCAAAGGAAAGGGAAUCAGUAACGGAAUGGCCGUUUGUGGGCAAGGGGGGGUGUGCCGAUGUCGGAGUUACGUUAGGCGACGGCGUGGGGAGGAGGAGGGUGGGGUCUGCAAUGGGGCAGGUUGGGGAUGGCAAGGGUCGGGGUCGGGGUCGCGAUGGCGUCGGUUUCUGAGGGAAAGGGAAAGUCCAGCGGGAGAGACGAGACGUCAGACGCAAGCGACUUAUCACCGAAUCGGACGUCGACUUUUCGCCAAGGACCGGUCGUCGCCGGCCGAAACAUCGACGGAUCAUAUCAGUGUGGCGGCGCCUGUUGAACCUCGCAAGCUAGGAGAUGCCAAGGCAGGGACUAGCAAUGCUUCUUCUUCUUCUUCUUCCAACGCUAUUGCUGGCACAUCUCAGAGGGGUAAUGAUGGACCUACGGAGGGGGGGGCCAACGGAAGCGGGCAAGGAUCGCUGGCGCAGAUGCAAGCAGCGAAAGGAUCUAGUGUUGCGACCGCAUCAGCUGGUGGGGCAUCACCAGCUGGCGUUUCCACGGCGUCUUCAGAACCUUAUGUUGCGGAGAGCAGUGGUGUCAAAGGAAAGGCCAGCGUGCUGUCAGAAAAGCCAAGGACAUCUUCCCUCCCGGCUUCCACACCAUCAGUUGGGCCUGUUUUGAGUAUCACCAUUAUGGGUUCAAGUGGAGAAUUGGCGUUAAACAAGAUCCUCCCAGCCCUAUUUGCCUUGCACUACCAGGGAUGGCUGCCAAAGAAUUUCUACAUUUUCGGUUAUGGUCGGAGGGAAAUGAGUGACGAGGAGAUGCGAUCGCUGAUCAGUGAGAGGCUGACAUGUCGACUUGAUGAGGGAACCAACUGUGCCGCAUUGACAGACGAGUUCCUUGCUCGGUGCUUUUACCAGCCAGGCGAGUAUGACAGUUGCGAAGGCAUGAAGCGGCUAAACGAGAGGAUUUCUGAAUGUGAGGGCGAUAAUGCAGCGAACAGGAUCUUCUACCUUUCUGUGCCACCUCCUGUUGCUGUCCAAGUAGCGCAAUGUUUAAACAUCAACGCAAUGCAGAACAAUGGAUGGAGUCGUGUUAUACUCGAGAAACCUUUCGGACGAGAUGCAGUAUCAUCCGCAAAGAUGACGAAGGAGCUCCUCACUUGCCUAACCGAAGAGCAGAUAUACAGAAUCGAUCAACAUAUGGGAAAGGAGCUGAUCGAGAACUUGGCCGUUCUGCGAUUCUCGAACUUGAUUUUUGAACCACUUUGGUGUCGGCAAUACAUUAGAAAUGUGCAGGUUAUAUACACGGAAGGCAUCGGGAUUGAAGGCCGUGGAAAAUAUUUUCACGACUAUGGUAUCGUGCGAGAUAUAGUCCAGCUGCAUCUGCUGCAGAUUAUAGCCCUGUUCGCAAUGGAACCGCCUGUGAGCUUGGACCCUGAGGAUAUUCGUAAUGAAAAGGUGAAAGUGCUUCGCUCCAUGCGCACUCCGACGAUGGCGGAUGCUGUGCUCGGUCAAUACAAAGCAGGCGCGGGACCGAUGGGUACACAGGGUUACGUAGACGAUCCGGAUGUACCGAGUGGGAGUCUCACACCGACAUUUUUUGCCGGGGCAGUAUUCAUCGACAAUGCAAGAUGGGAUGGCGUGCCAUUCCUGAUCAAAGCUGGAAACGCUCUCGACCAGCAUAAGGAAGAGAUUCGCAUCCAGUUCCGUCACGUUCCCGGUAAUCUUUAUCGGGAGCGCUUUGGGAGUAACAUGGAUAAGGCAACCAACGAACUGCUGAUCAGAGUGUUUCCUGAUGAGGGGAUAUUUCUGAAGAUCAACAACAAAAUCCCGGGCCUGGGCAUACAGCUGGACUCGUCCUUCCUUAAUCUGCACUUCAGAGAAAGAUAUAACGGUCAGGUCCCUGAUUCAUAUGAGCGCCUGCUCCUGGACGUGAUCGAAGGCGACAAACAGUUAUUCAUUCGGAGUGACGAGCUGCAAGCUGCCUGGGAUGUCAUAACCCCACUCCUGCAGGAAGUGGAGGACAACAAAGUUCAGCCUGAGCUGUACUCAGCCGGAAGCCGAGGGCCGGUCGGGGCCUAUUAUUUAGGUGCAAAGCAUAAUGUCAGAUGGGCCAAUUUCACGGACUAGGGUUGCUCAUUGAAAAGCCAGGACCUUUCCCAUAUCUCACCCGCAGGAGAAAUUCGAGUGGAAACAGUUCCACUCCGAUGCAUUUGGGCACUCUCGGCCUCUCCCGUUCGUUAAGCCCACGGUCAGCGUGUUUUAACGGCCACGUCGUGAGGAAGUACUGGUGGUUUAAACGAACACACACACACUCACUCACUCGUUCACUCACUGCCUCGAUUCCUCCCUCCCUCACUCACUCACUCACUCCCUCACUACCUUUCUCCUUACCUCCCUCCCUUCCUCCUUGGCUCACUCGCUCACUCAAUCCCUCACUAAAUCGCUCACUUGUUAAGUCACUCUCUCUCACUCUCUCGCUGCCUAGCUCCCACCAUAUGCACAGUCAGAGUCAUAGCCGGUCCUCCAUCUCUCCCUCCCUCCCUCCCCCCCUCCCUCUCUCCCUCACUCACUCACUCGUUCACUUGUUCAGCCACUCCCUCGCAGCCUAGCUCCCAAGCUAUGCACAGUCUGAGUCAUAGCUGGUCCUCCCUCCCUCCCUCCCUCCCUCCCUCCCUCCCUCCCUCCCUCGCUCAUUCACUUGUUCAGACACUCCCACGCUCCCUCACAACCUAGCUCGCAACAUAUACACCGCCAGAGCCAUAGCCAGCCCUCCCGCACUGCCUCCCUCUCUUACUCACUCUUCCACUCACUCACGUGAUCAUCAAGUCCCCCCCCCCCCCCCACACACACACACUUCCAUGUGAAUAGCACAACACAGACGCUGUGAGAAAAUCCCACCUCCAUGUGAAUAGAACCACACGCUGUGCGGUUUUCCUCACAGUGUGUGAAUAGAAGCUCACUCUUGUGAGAAAUGCUCCAUCUUCUUCAUCAUCUUGCAUUCUGUAAAUGGCAAAAAGUACCCACGUUGCAUUAGAAAUUUCCAAUUCAGCUCUUAUUGCAAAAAACAUUAUUCAAAUGCAAAAAAACAUUAGUCAAACAAACUAUCGGUGGGACGUCGGUGGAACCACAUCUGCAUGAACAUUGACAGCUCCCAGCCGAGCUGCGACUCGA